UUUUUUUCUUCCCAACUUAUUCUUUACUGUCAUUCACAAUGGGUCGGGGAAAUCGCAUGAAGAAGCAGGGUCCUCCCGCCCCACUGGACGAGUCCAAGAUCACUAUCUACAAGAAGCGCAAGGCCGCUGAGCCCGAGUCCAAGCCCGCCGAGGCGGGCAAGAAGCGGAGAAGAGCUGCCGCUGAAGAGGAGGAAGAGACUGUCAAGCCGGUUGCAAAGAAGAAGGCCAAUGGCGCUGUGAACGGCAAGGCGACGAACAGCAAGGCAACGAACGGCAAGGCAACGAACGGCAAGGCGGCCAAGGUGGAGGUGGCCAAGGCUAAGGGCAAGGGCAAGGAGCAGAAACCCGCCGCGGCUACAAAGAAGUCGAGUUUCAUGGAUUCGGACGACGAGGCGGAGGAUGAUGAGGAUGCCUGGUCCGACCUGGACGAUGAGGAGAUGCAGGAUGACGAGUUUGGUGACCUUGAUGCCGUGAGCGACGACGACGACGACGAGAUGGCCUCCGAUGACGAAGACUCCGUGGUUGACUCGGAGGAUGAUGACCACCCGCGCGAAGCCAUGUUCUCCGAUGACGAAGACCUCUCCGAUGCGGAGGAGAGACUGACGGCAGCCAACAUCGAGGGUCUGUCCCGGAAACUGGACCUGGCGAGACAGGAGGAGGAGGAAGAGGCCGAGCUCGAAUUGCAGGAAUCCGCCAUGCAGACCAACAUCGCGGGAGACCGUCCCGACGUGUUCGGCGACGACGUCGGCCAGCCCGGUCUGGCGCCCGACCUCCAGCUCCUCCGCACGAGAAUCACCGACACCAUCCGUAUCUUGGGCGACCUGAAGACCCUCGGCCAGCCCGGCAAGUCGCGAACCGACUACGUGAACCUGCUCCUCGGCGAUAUCUGCACCUACUACGGCUACACUCCUUUCCUCGCGGAGAAGCUCUUCAACCUGUUCACCCCCAUGGAGGCGUUUGCCUUCUUCGAAGCCAACGAGACGCCGCGUCCCGUCGUCAUCCGUACCAACACACUGCGCACCAACCGUCGGUCCCUGGCCCAGGCUUUGAUCAACCGUGGUGUCGUUCUCGAGCCCGUCGGAAAGUGGUCCAAGGUCGGUCUGCAGGUCUUCGAGUCUGCGGUCCCUCUUGGUGCCACCCCUGAGUAUCUGGCCGGUCAUUACAUUCUGCAGGCGGCUUCUUCCUUCCUGCCCGUCAUGGCUCUGGCCCCGCAACCCAACGAGCGUGUUCUCGAUAUGGCCUCUGCCCCCGGUGGUAAGACCACUUACAUCUCGGCUUUGAUGCGCAACACUGGUUGCGUGAUCGCCAACGAUGCCAGCAAGCCCCGUGCGAAGGGUUUGAUCGGUAACAUCCACCGUCUGGGCUGCAAGAACACUAUCGUGACCCAUUUGGAUGCCCGCACUGGUUUCCCCAAGGCAAUGGGUGGUUUCGACCGUGUCCUUCUCGAUGCCCCCUGCACCGGUACCGGCGUCAUCUCCAAGGACCCCAGCGUCAAGACCUCCAAGAACGAACGCGACUUCCUGGCCAUCCCUCACAUGCAACGGCAGCUGCUUCUGGCCGCCAUCGACUCCGUCGACCACAACUCCAAGACGGGAGGUUAUAUAGUGUACUCGACCUGUAGUGUUACCGUGGAGGAGAAUGAGAUGGUGGUCAACUACAUCCUGCGCAAGCGCCCCAACGUCAAGAUCGUCGACACCGGUCUGGGCGACUUCGGCAGCCCCGGUAUGACCAGCUACAUGGGCAAGCACUUUGAUGCCAAGUUGACCCUGACCCGCCGCUACUUCCCCCACCGCGAAAACGUCGACGGGUUCUUUGUUUGCAAGCUCAAGAAGACCGGCCCGUCCCCGACUACCAAGGCUGGUGACGGUGUGGCUGAGACCAAGUCCGACCGCAAGGCCAAGUCGCCGUCCGCCCCCUCCACCGAUGACGAGAGCGUCGACAAGACGCCGAUUGUCGACGAAGACGGCAUGGUUUUGGGGGCUGAGGGUGGUUCUUUCGGUCCUUUUGAGGAGGACGACCGGGAUGCCGAGCGCAUUGCCCGGGCGGAGCGUAACCGUCUGCGCCGCAAGGGUCUCAACCCGAAGGCCGUCAAGCCGAAGUCCUCGAAACCGAAGGGUGAGGGUGAGACUGAGCCUAAGGCUGCCGAGCCCAAGCCCAAGCCCGCUGCUGUCGAAGCCUCCCCCAAGACCGCAAAGAAGACCGAUGCAGACACCAAGACCAAGGCACCUGCCAAGAAAUCCGACAAAUCCAAGACCGAAUCCACCACCGCUUCCUCCCCCGCGACUCCCGCUACGACCGCUCCCUCCAAGAAGACCGCAACCAAGAAGGCCGAUAAUAAGACGGGCAAGGCCAAGAAGGCCGCCAAGAAAUAGUUUUGGCUGACUGGGUUAUGAUUCGUGUAUUUAUGUUGAGACAAAAAGCAUAGUCCUUGUUUUGGUAUGGGUGGCGCAUCAUUUUUGUUUUUUUGUUUGUCUUGUCUCAAUGGAUAGAUUCUUCGGUUGAAGUAGUCAAU